GCCGCUGUGUGCCUUCUGCGUGCAGGCCCCGCCCCCUCCCGCUGCUGUCUGAGAAACCCGCUGCUCAUUGUCGCCAGUGUCUGACGGGCUGACCGAGAGCGGACAAAGGAGCCAUGUCGUCCUCUUCAUCCGAACAGUUCGAGGAGGGCGAGUAUGAGAACCAGCCCAAGAGGCAGAAGUACAGCCAGGAGGACGGGGAGAUAGAUUACACAUCCGAGGAUCAGGAGGGGGAGCCGGUCCCCGAGCCCACCAAGAGCACCUGGGGGGAAGCCAAGUAUGGGGAUGCUGGUGGGAAUCACCACAAGGUUUCUGUGUCGCCUGUAGUUCACGUAAGAGGACUUUGUGAAUCUGUGGUGGAAGCUGACCUCGUGGAGGCACUAUCAAAGUUUGGAACAAUUUGUUAUGUCAUGAUGAUGCCUUUCAAGCGUCAGGCAUUAGUUGAAUUUGAAGAUAUUGAGUUUUCAAAGGAAUGUGUCACUUUUGCCAUGAAUGAGCCAGUGUAUAUAGCCGGCCAGCAAGCCUUCUUCAAUUACUCCACAAGCGUACGAAUCACAAGACCCGCAAAUACAGAAGAUCCAUCUGGAGGGAAUAAAGUUCUUCUCUUGUCUAUCCAAAACCCCCUGUAUCCUAUUACAGUGGAUGUUUUGUAUUCUGUCUGCAAUCCAGUUGGCAAAGUAGAGCGUAUCGUUAUCUUUAAAAGAAAUGGAAUCCAAGCAAUGCUAACAUUUGACACUGUGCUCAGUGCUCAGAAAGCCAAAGCUGCGCUAAAUGGAGCAGAUAUAUAUGCGGGAUGCUGCACGCUAAAGAUAGAGUAUGCCCGGCCCUCACGACUCAACGUUAUUCGCAAUGACAAUGAUAGCUGGGAUUACAGCAAACCCUACCUAAGCAGAAGAGAUCAUGGUAAAGGCCGCCAGAGGCAAGCCAUUCUUGGAGACCACCCGUCUUCCUACAGAUAUGAUGGUUAUGGAAAUCAUGGCCCCCUUCUACCUCUACCAAACCGCUAUAGGGUGGGAUCAAGAGAUACACCGGAGCUGGUUUCUUAUCCUCUUCCCCAGGCCUCGUCUUCCUACAUCCACGGCUCCCCUCCAAUAGGCUCUGUCGCCAUGGUUAGCAGCUUGCAUCAGGAGAAAAUGAACUGCUCUCGGGUCUUCAAUUUGUUUUGCUUGUAUGGUAACAUUGAAAAGGUCAAGUUCAUGAAGACUAUUCCUGGCACAGCUCUUGUGGAAAUGGGCGAUGAGUACGCUGUUGAAAGGGCAGUCACACAUCUGAAUAACGUAAAGGUUUUAGGAAAGAGACUAAAUGUUUGUGUUUCCAAGCAGCAUUCUGUCGUCCCGAGUCAGAUCUUUGAACUAGUUGACGGUACAAGUAGUUACAAAGAUUUUGCAAUGAGCAAGAAUAAUCGGUUUACCAGUGCUGGGCAAGCCUCUAAGAACAUAAUCCAGCCACCAUCUUGUGUUCUACACUUUUACAAUGUACCCUUGUGCAUGGAAGAAGUCAUGUUCCAAAAGCUCUGUGAAGACCACAAAGUUCCCAUGUUCAUCAAAUUCAAAGUGUUCGAUGCUAAACCAUCAUCUAAAACACUCUCUGGACUACUUGAAUGGGAAAGCAAGACCGAAGCCGUGGAAGCUCUCACCGUAUUAAAUCACUACCAAAUAAGAGUACCUAAUGGCUCCAAUCCAUACACACUCAAGCUAUGCUUCUCCACGUCAUCUCAUCUGUAAAUGCUGCCAAGCAGAAGACUGUAGGAACCAAACAUUAUUUUUUAUUUUAUUUUACACAUUGUAAUUUGAUAAUGCGCAUGUUUUAUAAUAAUGUGUUUUUACCAUGUAAUGGAUUUUAAGUCAGCUGCUCUUUUAUGAUUUUUUUUUUGUGGGGGUUGGGGUGGAGGAAAUCAUUGACAGGGUUAAAACAUCACUACACUUUUCUUUUAAACACACAACCUGCAUAAUUUACAUCAAUAUAUUGCUCUUAUUCAUCGAACCUGAUGGGUUUUAUGACAAGAGAUUGAUCCAUCUGUAUAGAAUGUUGGUUUCUGUUUUUUUGGUUUUGUAUUCAGGUUUUUUUUUUUU